AGCAGGCUCAGCCUCGCGUCAACCUGCCCCUCUUACUCACCACCCAUCCUUCCUCCUCCUCACUCCACACUUCCCAAGUAUCUCCAUGCUCUGAACGAAUAACGCAUCGCGGACGGCGAUCCCAGCCGCCGCCAUGGCCGACCAGCAAACGCCGACCUCUUUCACCACCUUCUGCACCCAGCUCUGUGAAGGCUGCAGCCUCGUCCGCUAUCUACGCACCCCCGACCCACCGCCCCCAACCAUGUACGAGAAAUACUGCGCACUGCCCAAAGGCGCGCACGACUACGCGUUUGAAUUGUCGGAUACCUGUCCGCUGUGCGCCCAGAUACGCGCGCUGGUGGCAAGCGAGCCGCAGCGCGUGCGCGUGUUUCUGAGUAGUUCGCUGGCGGGGAGAGAGCAGGUAAGGUAUCGCGAGAAGUGGGAAGAGGGGCGGGUGAGGUAUGGAGAGGUGGAGGUGUGUGUGGAUGAGGAGCGGGGGAGUGUGCAGCGCUCGUUUGGUGUGCGUGGGUGGGAGGUGCAGGGGGACGCUGCUUCUGCGGAGGGGAGGGCUGAGCGGGGAGGUGAGGUGCGGGUUCGUAAGGUAAAGACGGAUGCGGUGGAUUACGAUAUGAUGCGCGGCUGGCUGGAGACUUGCGCGAGAUUGCAUGGGAGGGCGUGUGUGCCUGUGCAGAGUGUUGUGGUUCCUGGGUUCAAGCUGAUAGAUUGUCUGACAAGGGCCAUUGUUGCGCCGGGUGAAGGGGGGUUUGAGUAUGUUGCGCUCUCGUAUGUGUGGGGUGCGCCUGAUAGCAGAGAUGGGAAUCCGUUGACGUUUCCAAAGACGAUUGAGGACAGCAUGGUUGUAACGAAGGAGUUGGGGCUGCGGUAUCUCUGGGUAGAUCGCUAUUGUAUUGACCAGAGCAAUGCAGCCGAGAAGCACACGCAGAUCAACAUGAUGAACUACAUAUACGCACAAGCCUAUUUCACCAUCGUCGCGGGUACAGGUGACGCCUGGACAGGGCUGCCGGGUGUUAGCUCAGCGCGUCGAGCACAGCAACGGCUCAUGCUGGGCGACAUGGAGCUCCUCAACAUGCCGUCGAAGUCCUUCCCCCGGCCGCAGCUCUCGUGGGCGACCCGCGCCUGGACCUUCCAGGAAGGCAGCAUGUCGCGGCGGAAACUCGUCUUCUUGGACGAGGAAGCCAUGUUUCUGUGCGAGGAGAUGCACUGCCUCGAGAGCAUCGUCGAGAACGCCCCGCAAACGCUUGGCCAGCAGCACAGCAAUAUCCCAGACUACGGGAUUCGCAUGUACGUCCCCCGGGUCUACAAGACCCAGUCGCGCCCCCUGCUGCGCGACGCAGAAGCCCUGCUCAUGUCCUACUGCCCCCGCGCACUCAGCUACCCCUCCGACGCCGUGAACGCCUGUCUCGGCAUCCUCAACGCCUGCGGCAUCGCCCACUACUGGGGCGUCCCGAUCGGCCCGCGCUGGGGACUUGCCUUAGAAUCCGAGAUGAGUCUGCGGUGGCGCAACAGCGGUCCAGCAGCCCAAGAGCGCCCGGAGUUCCCCUCGUGGUCCUGGGCGCGCUGGGCCGGCGCGAAGCACUUCUUCGUCGACGCGCGCAACGUCAGCCACGUCCGCGUCGAGCUCAGACUCGACGCCGGGGCUUGGGUCGACACGGCGCGUGGUGCUGCGCUGGCCGGGAAUGUGAACCGCGUCAGCGCCUCCAGGGUCCUGCGGCUGACGGGCACGGCGGUGUCGCCGCGCUUCGUCACGCACGAGGGCUGCGUGUACGCUGCGGUGAGCACCGAGCACGGGGCUGUGCUGCGCGUCUAUGUGACGUUUGACAGUGGCGCGAUGCCGCUCGACGGCCUGGCGGGCGCGGUGCUGCUGUUCUGCCGCGACUUGCAGCAGUUCCAGCGUAUCGAUGGACAGGCGCUUGUGAUUAUACCUCGCGGGGAGCGUUUCGUACGCGUUGGUCUUGCUGGCGGGGCGGAGUGUGAGGACGGAGGGGGGUUGGAUGAGGGGCCUGUGGUUCUUAAGGAUGCUUCUCGUCGGACUGUCUAUCUGGAAUGACUGACGUGUGUAGUCUACAGAGUCAGUUCCGUUGAUGCUGCGUAAACUCCGCCCGUGUUCAAGCAUUUGGGGAGAAAGGGUAUGA